GCGUAUUCCGUGUUCGUACCGUAUUCCGUACCUGUAUAUCGUGUCUCUCCCACCCCCAUCAAGUCGGGUCAGCUUGGCAUCAAAGCCUCGUCGAUACACGAGGCGGAGUCCAACAACACAGCAUUCAACCGUCAGACUAGGCAUUCAUCUCAGGGAUCUCUGCCAUGGACCUCUGUACCUGUCUUCAUAAAGGCAGCGCCUUGCCGCCUUCCUUGGACGCCAGAAUGUCUUGGAGACCAGACUCCCAACCUAUCAAGCGGAAAUAUCACGCCCGGCCAUCGCGACCAGUGCCGCUUCGACUACAAACCUAUAUUUUUUCGCGACAUAGCCUGAUCUCCUGUUGAUAUCGGUCUUCCCAAGCUUUGACGAUGUCUGGCAACAGCGCUGCUUCGAAAAGCUUGUUCUUCUACACCCCCAGCACUGCUGCUGCGGCCGCCUUCACUUCGGCGUAUGCACUGCUGACCCUGGGCCAUCUUUACUCGACCUGCAAGUACAAAAGCUGGAAUACCUCUGGCCUGUUGCCGUUUACAGCUCUCGCCUUCACCUCUGGCUUUGCGGUCAGGAUCUUUUGUUCCUACCACCCUACCCACGCGAAUGCCUUUAUCGCAACCCAGUUCAUCCUCUACGGCACAGCCCCCUUGCUCGAGCUCGCCAACGCCCACAUCCUAGGACGAAUCCUCUACUAUGUCCCCUACCUCUCACCGAUCCACCCGGGCCGCGUCCUAUCCAGCUUCCUCAUACUCUCAUUCGUCGUCGAGAUCCUCAAUGCCCUGGGCGUCAUGCAGAGCAUCGCCGGCGCCAUCCUCCAGGACAGGGACCCCGAGGACGCCGCGGCCCGCGUCAGUGCGGGCAGCGCCAUGAUGAAAGCCUCGCUCGUCCUGCAGCUCUCCUUUGCGCUCCUCCUGGUCGGCCUCGGCGCCGUCUUCCAGUGGCGCUGCCGCCGCCGCGGCAUCCGCGCGCCCCGCGUCGACCGGCCCCUGCUCGGCGUCUACCUGUCGAUGCUGCUCGUCACGGCCCGCACCGCCUACCGCACCGCCGAGCACUUUGCCUUUGACAACCUCACCGUCACGGGCCCGGACCUGGACCCGGCGUCGGUGCCGCCCGUGGUGCGCUUCGAGUGGUACUUUUACGUCUUCGAGGCCGCCUUCCUGUUUCUCGCCGUCGCCGUCUUUGUGGUCCUGCACCCGCGCCGCUGGCUGCCGCCGAACAAGACGACCUACCUGGCGCAGGACGGUGAGGCGGAGCUCGAGGGCCCCGGCUGGAACGACAAGCGGCCCUUCAUCGUCACGCUGUGCGACCCCUUCAACUUCGCGGGGCUCCUCGGCCGGACGCCUCGUGGCGCUGACGGGAAUGAUCGUCCGUUCUGGGAGAGUAAUGGGUACGAGUUCAAGAAGGGAAUGGGUCGAAGGAAAGGCGAAUCUGCAGAGGAAGGCCUCGCGGUUCGCGGCAACUGAGCGAAAACAUUGCGGUCAGCAAAGCUUGCAUGAUGAUCUGCGCCUCACCGCUCGACAAGGGCACUGCCAGAGCCACCGGGGGGCUGUUCGUCACACCAAGCAUCUAAGUGGCUGUCAAGGAGUGGCGGGCUUUUGUGCUUAUAUACUAAACAGCUUUAAUAGACAGCGUCGUAUAUGCCAA